UCUAAAUUGUUAAAUGCGCGCGUACGGCGUAAUCUUAGCGCUUGUUUAUUAAUAAAAUUCUCAACGUUAACACGAUGAAGAAUUAAGUAAAUUCCUAUCACAAGACUCGAAAAACAAACAUUUUCCUUAAUUUUAUAUUAUGUUACUCUGGAAUGGUGUUAUUGAAUAGUUAUCAGCGGUGCCUUAUAGUUGUAUGUACAUAAACAAAUUCUGUAUUUGUUCCUAACCUUGGUUAAUUUUGUGCUUGGUAUCAAGGCAAUCAAAGAUUUCAUUUUAUAGAUCUAUCACUGAUAAAUUUCCUUUACCAUGAGCGAAGUGGGUUUUGAUUGGGUUGAUGAAUGCGACCAAGAAAAGUCUAAUGGUCGCAGAGCUACUAAGGAGAAAAUGAAAUCAGAAAAUGAUAGCAGAGACAAUUCGAAAAAUAGAAAAAGGGCAAAACGCAAUUCAGAACAUGAGACAAGUACUAAGACAAGCAAGCCAAAGAAACCAUUGGAGCUCGAAUUGGACCCUCUAGUUUUACAAAGACGCCAGAAACAAAUUUACUAUGGAAAAAACACAGUUGGAUACCACAAUUACAUCAAACAAGUACCAUUGCCACAAAGGACAAAAGAUGACCCGAAAACACCUGACAAGUUCAUGAAAUACAGCAGGAGAUCAUGGGAUAUGUUAAUUAGAAUCUGGAGGAAAAAAUUACAUGAAUAUGAUGUUGAUAGUGAAAUUAAAAAAGAAAGUGAAGAUUCUAAUGACAGUGAUGAAUGAAAUACAUUAUAAAAUUA